UCCUCUCUGUGUGAUGAUUGUCAAACAAAUUUCUUGAAAACAUGUGAAAAAACUACUGAAAUUUAUGUUCAAAUUAUAUUUUAGUUUGUUAAUAUAAAUAAAACCCAUAAAAACGACUGAUAAUCCCAAAAAAAUCGUUCAACAUGUCGUGUACAAUAGCAAAGUAUUCUCGCUACAAAUUUUUCAAACACAUCUUUGGUCCAAUGAAAAGUUUUCGUCGAAACUACGACAUUCCUGAAAAUCUCAAAUCCGUAGCUACUGAUAAAGACCCGAGUUUCUACCGAAUGGUAGAAUAUUUCUACCAUAACGCUGUGAAGAUUGUGGAGCCAUCACUGGAAUGCCAUCUGAAGCAAAUGCGACCCCACUUUUCUGAGAAGAAGGUUAAAAAUCGUGUGGCUGGGAUUUUGAAGGUAAUGGGCUCAUGCAACAGUAGCCUCCAAUUCGAGUUCCCGCUACAACGCAAGAGCGGCGAGUACGAGAUCAUCCACGGGUAUCGCUCGCAGCACAGUGUCCAUCGCUUGCCGUGCAAGGGAGGUAUCCGCUACUCGGACCGAGUGGAGAUGGAGGAGGUGAAGGCGCUGGCGGCUCUCAUGACGUACAAGUGUGCCUGCUCCAGCAUACCCUUUGGAGGGGCUAAGGGGGGAGUCGCCAUAGAUCCAAAGAAGUACACAAGCGGGGAGCUGCAGCGCAUCACACGGCGGUACACGCUCGAGUUGGCCAAGAAGAAUUAUAUCGGAGCGGGCAUAGACGUGCCUGCGCCAGACGUGAACACUUCCGGGCGGGAGAUGUCCUGGAUCGUCGACACCUACAUCAAGACAUUAGGUUACCGCGACAUAAACGCCGCAGCCUGCGUCACCGGCAAGCCGAUCAACGGCGGCGGCGUGCGCGGGCGCGUGGAGGCCACGGGAAGAGGACUGUUCCUCACCAUCAAGCACUUUAUUGACGACGAGCACUUUACACAGCUGUUGAAGAUUGAGCCGGGGUUACAGGGCAAGACAGCAAUAGUCCAAGGCUACGGCAACGUGGGCUCGUGGGCCGCCAUGUACCUGCAGCAAUCCGGAGUGAAAAUUAUCGGUGUGUGUGAAGCGGAUUGCAACCUGGUGGCUGAAGAGGGGAUCGAUACUAAGGCGUUAUACGACUACAAAGCGGGCAACAAGGGCAGUGCUAAAGGCUUCCCGGGCGCCAAGGAGUCUGGUCCGGAGCUGCUGUUCCAGCAGUGCGACAUCCUGGUGCUGGCCGCUCUAGAGAAGAGCGUCGAUCAGGACACCGCUGCUAAGAUCAAUUGUAAGAUAAUAGGCGAAGGCGCCAACGGCCCGGUGACGCCGGCCGCCGACACUGUACUCCGUCAACGAGAAAUCCUCAGCUUGCCGGAUCUACUCGCCAAUGCUGGUGGGGUGACUGUGUCGUACUUUGAGUUCCUGAAGAAUCUGAACCAUGUUAGCUUCGGGAAGCUGAGCAUUAAGUUCUGGAGGGAUUCUAAUACUGCGUUGUUGGACUCGGUAGAAUCGUCUCUAAAAGCAGCCUCGAUAGAUGCCCGCAUGUGUCCGACGCCGGUGUUCGAGACCAUGAUGUGUGGAGCUAAUGAAGAGCAUAUUGUGAACUCUGGACUGGAGUAUUCCAUGCAUAAGGCUUGUCAAAACGUAAAGAACGCGUGUCUGAAGCACAACCUGGGCUUGGACCUGCGCACGGCGGCCUACAUCACCUCCAUCGAGAGAAUAUUCGUCACGUACGACGAACACGGGCUGGCCAUGUAGCGGGAACAGGCUACGGUCGGGGUUUACAUGGCCAUGCAGCGGGGACAAUAAAUUAUUACCUUGAUACCUGACCUUGGUAAUGCCAUAACCUAAAUUAGUUGUGACCCUGUAGUGGAACUUUCUGGUCUUGACGUGCCUGGUUUAUACGUAAGGCUCUUGAAAUUCGGAUGUGAUUUGCAAGAUAAUGUGAUUAAUAUUUUUUGUGGGUUUUACUAGGCUUGCUAUAAAUGUGUCUUAUGAGUUCUGUAAAUAAAUUGAUAUACCUACGUUUGUCUCAAAUAUUACAAUUAUGAUUGUGUGGCGAAUUUAAAUUAUUUC